CUGGAGGAAGGGAGAGCGUCGCUCUGCCGGCUGCUCUGCCGCCCGCCCGCCCGCCAUGGGGAAGAGGAAGGAGGCGGAGGAGCGCCCUGCGGAGCCGGAGGAGCCCCCUUCCUCCUCCUCGAUCUGGGUCCGGGCGCAGUUCCUGCCGGAGGACGGGGACCCCUUCUCCUCGUCCUCGGGCGCCGCCUUCCCGGAGCCCCGCCGGCCCCCAGCCCUCGCCCUUCUCCCGGAGCUCCCGCUCGGCGCCCAGCUGCCCGCCCUCCACCGCUGCCUCCAGGCCCCGAUCCCGCUAGAGGAUUGUGCCUUGCAAGUCUUGCCCUCAGGGCACUAUUUGGAUCUGGAGCUGUCUCUGCUGGAGCAGAAGGAUGAUCUGGAAGGCUUCUACGAGGAAAUCAGCAAAGGCCGGCGUCCCAUCCUCCUCCUGCGCACACAGCUCUCUGUCCGAGUCCAAGCCAUCCUGGAGAAGCUCUACACUGCAAAGGGUCCAGAGCUGAGGCGCUCCCUCUUCUCCUUGAAGCAGCUCUUCCAGGAGGACAAAGACUUGGUGCCAGAGUUUGUGAACUCAGGAGGCCUGACCUGUCUCAUCACUGUGGGAGCAGAGGCUGACCAGAAUUACCAGAACUACAUCCUGAGAGCCCUCAGCCAGAUCAUGCUCUUCGUGGAUGGGAUGAUGGGAGUGAUCAGCCACAACGCGACGGUCCAGUGGCUCUACACGCUCUGUGGCAGCCUGUAUCGCUUGGUGGUGAAGACAGCCCUGAAGCUGCUCCUGGUCUUUGUGGAGUACACCGAGUCCAAUGCCCAGCUGCUCAUCCAAGCCAUUGCGGCUGCAGAGGAGGCCCGGGGUGGGCUGCCAUGGGCUCCCCUGGUGGCCAUCUUGGACCAGAAGAGCGGAGCCGACACAGAGCUCCAGGUGUUUGCAAUGACUCUUAUCAACAAGACUCUGGCGGCCCUCCCUGACCAGGACUCCUUCUACGAUGUGACUGACUGCCUGGAGCAGCAGGGCAUGGAGCGCAUUGUUGCCCAGCACAUGGCCGGAAAGGGCACCGAGCCAGCCUUCAGCCAGCAGCUGGCCAUCUAUGAGAAUGCCCUCAAGUAUGAAGACGGGCCAGAGGAGACCCCUGAGGGCCCCCGUGGGAAGGAACGCAGGAAGGGGGAGGAGGGGCGGAAGGGGCCGCGGCGCUCCCUUGGCUACACCACAGGGACAUUGCUGACACAUGAGGAGAGUGGGGGUCCCAAGGCCCCCCUGGAAGAUGAGGAAGGCAGCUCCCACCAGACUAUCCUGGCCAGGAUGGAGAAGGAGGAGGACCUGAGUAGCUACAGCAGCGUGUCCAGCCUACAUCUUUCUUCCCCCUUGGAAAGCCCAGUGGAUGGAGGAGGAGGAGGAGAGGCCCUGGGCAACUUGGGCAAGAGGAGCGUUUUCAAACUCCAUGAAUCUGACUCCGUUUGGCGAGAGGAAAGCCCCCCAGUCUUUGGGGACAAGCCUGUUCUGAAGCGCUUUGAAGCCCGAUUCUUGGAAAACCUGGCAGCCUACCAGAAGGAGAAGAUGUUUGCCAUCUCCCAAGGACGGUCAGAGGCACUGGCCGAAGCCACCCCGGGCAUCGAGCCAUUUGACCCAGGGAAAUGGAACGAAGGGGCCAACGGAAGUGCCCACGAGGGAGAGCCAAGGUCCAUUUUGGCCACGGGGUCCUUUAAUGCCAGAGAGGCUGGGGAGGUGACCCCUACCAGCCACACUCCCCCUCUCCUCGGCACCCCCCAGGGUCUCAGCAGCAGCCUUACUCCUGAGAAGACCCAGCAGCAGCCCCUUCCUCCGUCCUCUCCGUGGAGCCCAAUGGGGCCAGGGAGGGCCCCUCUUUUCCCAGCAGAGGAAAUCCAGGCGGGUCCUGUGGAGGGGGUCAGCCUCCAGGGCCCAGGGCCAGAAGGCUUCCAUUCAGACUUGCCAGCCCCCCGGCUGCUGAGGGCACAGUUCAGCCUCGAGGCAGAGUCCAGCCUGCAAAGCCUGGAGCGGACCCUCAUGACUCCCUUCAGGAAAGACUGUGGAGGGGCCCAGCCCUCUUUGGGCCUCAACCCUCCCCUGCUAAAGAUCCGGGACUUAGACUUCUCUGACCUGGGUGAGGAGGAAGAUUUGGACGUCUUGGAGAUGACCGAGGCGGAGGAGCAGAUCUCAUCCUGGGGGGCUACUGGGGUGGGGGCUCCUCCCCCCCCCCCCCCCCCGCUCCCCCCCGGACACCGCCCCCCCCCCCCUCCCCCCCCCCCCCCUGGACACUGCCCUCCUCCGCCUCCCCCUCCUCCCCCAGUCCCUCCCCCACCCGGCUGUCCCCCACCCCCUCCCCCCCUGCUGCCCCCUGGAUGCCCCUUGCCUGGUGUACCAGGCUCUUCUUCUGGGGAAGAUGCUCCUUCUCCCACCAUGAAAAAGAAGAAGAAGACAGUGAAGCUCUUCUGGAAGGAGAUAAAAAGCAAAGAGAGCUCAAGCCAAGGUGGCCAUUUUGGGAAAGCGACGCUGUGGUCCUCCCUGGAGAAUGUGGAGGUGGAGGCUAGCAAGCUGGAACAUCUCUUUGAAUCCAGGGCCAAGGAAGUGCUGGGCUCCAAGCCAGCUGCUGAUGGGAAGAAGCUGCUGGUGGUGCUGGAUCCCAAGAGGAGCAACGCCAUCAACAUUGGCCUGACGGUGCUUCCACCCGUCCACAUCAUCAAGCUGGCCAUCCUCAACUUUGACGAAUUUGCCAUCAAUAAGGAAGGGAUCGAGAAAAUCUUGACGAUGGUGCCGACAGAGGAGGAGAAGCAGAAGAUCCAGGAGGCCCAGCUGGCCAACCCCAGCGUCCCCCUGGGCUCUGCGGAGCAGUUCCUCCUGGCUCUCUCCUCCAUUGCGGAGCUCUCUGCCCGCCUCCAGCUCUGGGCCUUCAAGCUGGACUAUGACACCAUGGAGCAGGAAAUUGCAGAACCUCUCUUUGACCUGAAACUUGGGAUGGAGCAGCUUGCCAAAAACCAGACCUUCAAGUGCAUCCUUGCCACUCUGCUGGCCAUAGGCAACUUCCUGAAUGGCUCCCAGAGCCAAGGGUUUGAGCUGAGCUACCUGGCCAAGGUGUCAGAGGUGAAGGACACUGUGCACCGGCAGACCCUCCUCCACCACCUGUGCCACAUCGUGGUGGAGAAGUUUCCGGAGACCACAGACCUCUACUCAGAGGUUGCUGCCAUUGCACGUUGUGCCAAGGUUGACUUUGAUGAUCUGGCGGAAGGGCUGUUGCAGCUGGAGCGGCGGUGCAAGGCCUCCUGGGACAACCUGAAGGCCAUCAUGAAGUAUGACAUCAAGCCAGCCCUGAAGGGCAAAAUGACAGACUUCCUGCAGGCCAGCACACAGAAGAUCAUCAUCCUCAAGGUGGUCCACCGACGCAUCUUGAACAGGUUCCACUCCUUCCUCCUCUACCUGGGCUAUGACCAGCGCUCGGCACAGGAUCUGAAGGCCACAGGGUUCUGCCGGACCCUGCGAGAGUUUGCUCUGGAGUAUCGCACGUGCCGAGAGCGAGUCUUGCAGCAGCAAAAAAAGCGGGCAGCCUAUCGGGAGAGGAACAAGACGCGUGGCAGGCUGAUCACGGAGAUGGAGAGGUUUGCAGUGGCCAACAAGUCCGAAGAGGGCCCUGCACCUGCCGUGCUCUCGGCCAGUCCCCAGCAGAAGGAGGAGGCCGGCCACGAAAGCAUGACCAGCAUCCUCAUCUCCCCCACUGUGUCCUCUGGCCGCCGGUCCCGGGGCAGCAGAGGAGUUAACAAGCAGAGUCCCCCCAGUGUUGCGCCAGUCCCACCUGAAGAGGUGGACCACCUUGCCACCACCGCCACUGGGACCCCCGGCUCUUCCCCAGACCCUUCUGAGGAGAUCAUGGAUCGCCUGGUGAAGUCCGUCACACAGAAUAACCCCCCUCGACCGGGUGCCGGGAAGGAGCGCAAGCGCUCACGGCUCAACCGGAAGUCGUUGAGGCGGACCCUUAAGAACGGGCUGAGCGACGAACUGGUGCAGGCCUUGGGCCUGGCGCAGGCAGCUGGCGUGUCCGUGUGAGGAGGAGGAGGAGUUGAUGGUGUCUAUGAUGGCGCAGUGGGAAAAGCCUCGCCAAAGCCAGCAGUAUGAGGUGGGGUCUGCCCAGCAGUUAGAGGAAGGCAUGGCAGAGGACCAAGGGGACGUCUGAGGACAGCGAGCAAACAGGUCCCUGAUGGUGCAGCCCUUCCAGUGCCUGGCAUUCGUAUUUACGGGUUGGACAUGCAUUUGCUGCCUUGCAGCCACAAGGCUCAGGGAGAGGAAGUAUGGACACACACACACACUCCUCCCAUGCCUUUGGUUUCUCCACUGAGGGCUGUGCAUGCGCUUUCCCUGGUUACAAUCAGUAUUAUGUGUGUGAGUGUGAGAAUUUGGACUUUUCCAUCCCAUCACUGGGGGGGUUGGGUUGGGAGAAUGGCAUUCAAGUGGGUACCAGCAUCCACUCUGUCCUCCUUCCACCCACUCUUUAUGUUCUGUGGUAUUCCUUCCACCACAGAUACGUUAAGGGUCUGCCUCCAGCCCUGCAAGCACCCUCCCAUGACAGCCUCCCUCCCUCCCCAAAGGUGGUCCCAGGUGGGCCAUGGCUCCGCUGCCACGUCCCUUCCCCUCUGGACGCCUGUUACACAUGGAGGGCUCCUUCUUCCAUGGGGAGGUCAGCGGAGAGAGAAAGUUUAAAGUGCUGGAAGCAGAAACUUCCAGGUGACAAAGAACUUGUUUAACUGUACGAAGUGAGAGGCAAAAAAUACACAGUGUUACAACGAG